AUGGCCAAUUAUCAGCACUCUCAGCCUUAUCCAACUGGCUCCCAAUGGAUACAUCCUGUUUCAACUCAUAAUCAACCAACCAUGCAGGAUUUGGCCCGUGCUUUCCCUCGGCCGAGACACACUCGGGUCAUGAAGCCUCGUAGUGCGGGCAACAGUCCUUCGUCGGCAACCAGGAGACGAUCAACUGUCAAUCAACAUGUGAUGCAGGCUAUGCCAUCACAGUACCAAUCCUCUCUAGAAGAGGCUCUUUUCGCCUCUCGGAACUCACGCCCGAUCAGCUGGCAUCCUUCAUCGGCAAGAACUCGGGGCCUUUCAAACCCGCAAUGCUAUCCCGAUUUCAACCAGGAUAGCUAUGCUAGCAUGGGAAUUUCGGGGCAAUACCUGCCCCAAAGUGUCUAUGGUGACAAUAUGAUGUCGUACCCCAUGACCGCUGAUUCGACCUUCUCGCCCAAUAACUACUUUCCUGUUUACUCGGAGAUGCAAGAAGACUUGCCACUUCCACAGCAGACCCCGGCGCUUUCAAUGGCUGGCUCGCAGGUCGAGCCGAUGGGUUGGGAUUCCGCCAUGCCCGAUUUCUCAGCGAUGAACCCGACCUCCGAUAAUUGGUCCAUGGAGAUGCUAUCGAUGGGCACCAACAUCCCGCCACCAGAAACGAACUGCCCAAGCUACGUCAACGUUCCUUCACCGGGUGAAAUGAGCGGCCCAUCAACCCCGGACUUCCUUCCCAUUCAACAAUUCGAAGAUCCCUUCCAGUCCCCCGUCGAAACUAAGAAAGCUGGAAAGGGCGAAGAGGAACUCGUCGGUAUGGGUCUCUACAGCCAGCCCAACGGAACACUGGCCAAGGCCCCCCAAAGCAAGCCCGGCACCGGUCUCAAAUUGGAGGAAACUUUUACUCCAUCCGACGAAGACAAGGAUGCCGAGGGGGAAGAGGAUAUCGAAUGCGAAGAACAGCAACCGUCGCCUCAGCCAUUGUCCCGCGAUGAGCCUUUGCAGAUGCCCUCCCAAUCGAGCUUCUUUCCCAAACAAUCUAAGCAAACUCUGAAUUUGCUUCAGAGAUCCUUCUUUUUCGACCAAGAUGAGGAUCAACAGGCGAUGGCUGCCCAGCCUUUUGCAAACCUGAACCAGCCUUGCCAAAACUACGGGUACGGGUGGAUCUAG